UCUAAUGUGGAUUAUCCAAUAAAGUACGCAAUGGAGUCGUACGUUGCGGAUAUCAACACUGAUGUUGGAAAGACGACGAUUGUUUUCACGUUGAAGGAAAAGCCUGGAGCUCUCGCGGAAACCCUCAAAAUAUUUCAGGCUCACGAGGUGAACCUCUCUCAUAUCGAAUCACGUCCGUCUAAAACACAUUCAGGAUGUUACGAGAUUCUGGUUGAGUACCAACGGCCUAUUGGUGCAAGACUGGACUACGGAGCCGAGUUGGAUGCUGACCAUCCAGGUUUCAAGGACGUGACUUACCGCGAACGACGUAAAUUUUUCGCCGAUAUCGCCUUCAACUAUAAACAUGGGGAUAAGAUUCCGCGAGUGGAAUACACGGAGCAGGAAAUCGAUACUUGGCGUGUCGUAUACAAUGAGCUUGUAUCUCUCUAUCCGACCCACGCCUGCAAAGAAUUCAACUACAUUUUUCCUUUACUCCAACAAAACUGCGGUUUCAGAGCCGACAACAUUCCGCAGCUGCAGGAUGUUUCCGAAUUCUUAAAAGACUGUACUGGAUUCACUUUACGCCCUGUUGCUGGUCUUCUUUCUUCAAGAGAUUUCCUUGCUGGUCUGGCAUUCCGCGUUUUCCAUUCCACCCAGUACAUCCGACAUCAUUCAGCACCUAAGUACACUCCGGAACCAGAUAUCUGCCAUGAACUCCUCGGCCAUGUGCCACUGUUCGCUGAUGCCAAUUUCGCUCAAUUCUCGCAGGAAAUCGGUCUGGCCAGCCUUGGAGCCUCCGACGAGAUGGUUAAACAACUCGCCACGCUCUACUGGUUCACAAUAGAGUUCGGAAUCUGUCUGCAAAACGGAAAAAAGAAAGCAUAUGGAGCCGGACUGCUCUCAUCAUUCGGUGAACUGCAGUACUGCUUGAGCGAUAAGCCGGAAAUCGCUCCCUUCGAGCCGUCGGUCACAUCCAUAACUGAAUAUCCUAUUACUGAAUACCAACCAAAGUACUUUCUUGCCGAUUCAUUUGCAAGUGCCAAGAAUAAACUGCAGGCUUGGGCAGCGACGAUGCCCAGGACGUUUCAAGUUCGCUACAACCCCUACACACAGAGGAUUGAAGUGCUCGAUCGUGUGUCCGAACUCCAGAGGAUGGUCCGCGAAAUCAAGAGCGAAAUCGUCACGCUUGAAGAUGCACUCGGCAAGGUGAAAAUCGCCGCACACUGA